AUUAUCAUUUUCGCCUGGCUUAGAACCCAAAACUGUUAGCUCCCACUCUCUUCUUUUUCACACUCCACCUUCCAUUGCAUUUCAUGGAUCCAGAAACCCAUUCACAUGUUGUUGGUCACUCUGCCGCGAGAUUGCUGAGCUCGAAUUCUAUGUACGCCAUGAUGCUUUUCCUCAAUUUUGGAUUUGGCAAGAGAGAAUGCAGAGCUCGAAGCUAUUUUUUUCUUGAGGAGGCUGAGGAAAUAGCUGAGAAACUACGUGAAUCAGUGGCAGCAAGUCUUCAAGGCAAAAAGCUAGCUUCAUUUACAAGGAUAUCUUCAACAGUGCAUGAUGAUGAACCAUUGAUAAGAGCAUUGUCAAAGCUCAUCUACCUUAACAACCCCGACCUGGUCUUAUUUGUUGGAGAAGCCUUGGGAAUUGGAGUUUUAAUUGAACCAAUCUAUUUUGUUGCAGAAGUUACUGACCUCUCAACAUCUCCUACACCCAGAUUGAUAGAUGGGAUCUUGCUCACUAAAUUUGACAUUAUUGAUGAUAAGGUGGGAGCUGCACUUUCAAUGGUUUACAUAUCUGGAGCUCCAGUCAGAUUUUUAUAUAUAUUUUCAGUGAAGCAUGUUGCAAAGGAUGGGGCUAGCUGUGGGCAGUGAGGAUCACGACUCGGAUAUUAUAUUUCUAGCUAGUUUCUAAGUUUAGAAAUUUUAUGAGAUUUAAAUAAAUGCAUAAGACAUAUUUCCUUUAUUUAAACUUUAGUCUUUGGUUUUAUUUUUAAUGUAAUAAAUUUAGCCUUGCACCUGUCCAUAGUACAAG